CUGGCACAGCCCUGGAGGGCUCCCUGGAAGAGGUGCCCGGGAUGGGAAGGGUGCAGUUGUGAGGGACGGGAGAUACCUCGGUGGGCGGUAGUGGGGCCAGGAUGGCUUCGGGUGCAAACCCCCCAGCUCAUUCCCCUCCGAGCAAAGCCACCAGAGACCCCUUCCCAGCCAGAAGACCCUGCGGGCUUCCCCUGUGCACCCAGCUGCUCUGAGGUGCCCUCGGGCCAGGGCCAGCUUGCCACCCGCAGGGGCUUAGAGGGCUAGACUCUGCCUUCCCACCUGCUUUCCUGCCCUGGCCCAGCUGGUGCCUCCCAGCAAGUGACACCUCUGAACGGCAGCUUCCCAUCUCCGAGGAGUCACCUCCCACGGGAUUAAGACACCGUGGGUCUCACCCCGGGCUGGGUCCUGCCGCAGGGUGGUAGUGAUGCCCUGGUGGACCGAGGCCAGCCCUGCCCCACACCCCGGGCCUCAGUGUUCACCUCGUGGAGUGGGGGUGGUCCUGCCGUCCACCCCCAGGUUUAGCCCAGCAUCCGAAGGCGCCUUGCUGUGGAACGUAAAGCAGAUCCGGAGCUGUCACUCCCGGGCACCCCUGACUCACCACCUCGUCACCAGGUGCGCUUGAGGAUGGUGGCGCGGCCCUAGGCCCAGGCUCCGCACCAUGACCUGCUGGCUGCGCGUGCUGAGCCUGCACCUGCUGCUGCUGCCCGCGGCGCCGCCCCCGGCCGGGGGCUGCCCGGCCCGCUGCGAGUGCGCCGCCCAGACGCGCGCCGUGGUCUGCGCGCGCCGCCGCCUGACCGCCGUGCCCGACGGCGUCCCGGCCGAGACGCGCGUGCUGGAGCUCAGCCGCAACCGCAUCCGCUGCCUGAAUCCCGGAGACCUGGCCGCGCUGCCCGCGCUGGAGGAGCUGGACCUGAGCCAGAACGUCAUCGCGCACGUGGAGCCCGGCGCCUUCGCCAACCUGCCGCGCCUGCGCGUCCUGCGUCUCCGCGGCAACCAGCUGAAACUCAUCCCGCCCGGGGUCUUCACGCGCCUGGAGAACCUCACGCUGCUGGAUCUGAGCGAGAACAGGCUGGUCAUCCUGCUAGACUACACCUUCCAGGACCUGCACAGCCUCCGCAGGCUCGAGGUGGGCGACAACGACCUGGUGUUCAUCUCGCGCCGGGCCUUCGCGGGGCUGCUGGCCCUGGAGGAGCUGACCCUGGAGCGCUGCAACCUCACGGCACUGUCCGGAGAGUCGCUGGGCCAUCUGCGGGGCCUGGGCGCCCUGCGGCUGCGACACCUGGCCAUCGCCGCCCUGGAGGACCAGAACUUCCGGAAGCUUCCCGGGCUGCUGCACCUGGAGAUCGACAACUGGCCCCUGCUGGAGGACGUGGCCGCCGGCAGCCUGCGGGGCCUCAACCUGACCUCGCUCUCCGUCACCCACACCAAUAUCACCGCGGUGCCGGCCGCCGCGCUGCGGCACCAGGCACAUCUGACCUGCCUCAACCUGUCCCACAACCCCAUCAGCACGGUGCCCCGAGGGUCCUUUCGGGACCUAGUCCGCCUGCGGGAGCUGCACCUGGCCGGGGCCCUGCUGGCGGUGGUGGAGCCGCAGGCCUUCCUGGGCCUGCGACAGAUCCGCCUGCUGAACCUGUCCAACAACCUGCUGUCCACGCUGGAGGAGAGCACCUUCCACUCGGUCAACACGCUGGAGACGCUGCGCGUGGACGGGAACCCGCUGGCCUGUGACUGCCGCCUGCUCUGGAUCGUGCAGCGUCGCAAGACCCUCAACUUCGACGGGCGCCUGCCGGCCUGCGCCACCCCGGCCGAGGUGCGCGGCGACGCGCUGCGCAACCUGCCCGACUCCGUGCUCUUCGAGUACUUCGUCUGCCGCAAGCCCAAGAUCCGCGAGCGCCGGCUGCAGCACGUCACCGCCACCGCGGGCGACGACGUCCGCUUCCUCUGCCGCGCCGAGGGCGAGCCGGCGCCCACCGUGGCCUGGGUGACCCCGCAGCACCGCGCGGUGACGGCCGCCAGCGCCGGCCGGGCGCGCGUGCUGCCGGGGGGCACGCUGGAGAUCCUGGACGCGCGGCCGCAGGACAGCGGGACCUACACGUGCGUGGCCAGCAACGCGGGCGGCAACGACACCUACUUCGCCACGCUGACGGUGCAGCCCGCGCCGGCCGCCAACCGGACCCUGGGCGAGGGCCGCAACGAGACACAGGUGGCGGCGCGCUUCCCGCUGGACCUCACCGCCAUUCUGGUGUCCACGGCCAUGGGGUGCAUCACGUUCCUGGGCGUGGUGCUUUUCUGCUUCCUGCUGCUCUUCGUGUGGAGCCGGGGCCGCGGGCAGCACAAGAACAACUUCUCGGUGGAGUACUCCUUCCGUAAGGUGGACGGUCCGGCCGCCGCCGCGGGCCAGGGCGGCGCGCGCAAGUUCAACAUGAAGAUGAUUUGAGGCGCGCUGUCGGCCUUGCUGGGCUGGACGCUGGGCCAGGUCGGGAAAGCCGGAUCCGGUCUGAUUUCCCAACUGAUUUCCACCUAUGCAUUUUCCAGAGGGGGAAGGGGUGACUGCAAGUCAGCUAACUGGCAGAACUUCCCCUUUUUUGUAGACACCCAACCCCAGGACUGUUUUUCAUCAGAAAGCAUCUUUUGCAGUUUCUCAAGUGUUUUCUAAAGAUUGCAACCUGUCUUCCUGCCCCUGCUAUGGUCACUGGGCUGGGGCUGGGGGUCCCUGCGGCCCACAGUUCACAACAAGAGGUGCACGGAUGCUGCCCCAGGCUCUGCCCUACCCUCCCCUGCCCUGGCCACACGGCUCCCACACCUGGGGAGACGCCUACACAAGGACCCACAGAAGCGGCGGUCCCCAAACCCAGGCCCCACCUCUGAGCCGGGGCUGCUCACGCCCAGAGGCGCACAUCCGGGCUCCGGGAGCCUCUGAGAGCCGCUCACACCUGGACACAGCUCAGCCCCAGCCCCUGGGGUCGGGCCAAGGCCUGGAAGCAGGUAAGCCGAGGGGCCCAGCC